AUGGUAAUAAUAAUUGAAUUUAAUAAAGAUUUAUCACAACCAGGUUCAUCAGGUGUAGGAAGACUAAAUAAGCAUUUUUUGGAUUGUGCUGAACGUUCUAAAAGGCAUAAGGUUAAACUUUUACGAGAAUCCUUUGAAUCAGACCUUUUAUCCGCAGCUGCGAAAUUCCCCGAAAAUUUUGAGAAGAAAAUGUAUAUGCCAACGGAACAGGCUUUGGCGUUGAUAACGCAUGUCCAAUUGUCAAAGCAUCAAUAUGAAGCUUUAGAAAUGCUGUUAACGAUUUUGGACAUGAUAUUUUACCACCUUAUUAUAAGAAGUGUCCAUGUAGAUUUGCAAAGUCUUGUAGAUCAUACCCCAAAGCGAAUUUUGGAAGCUAUCGAUAAUGAUGUAGAAGAUAAUACAGAGUUACUUUUAGUUAGUAAGUGGGGAUGUGAUGGUAAUUCCGGGCAAUCUGAAUACAAUAAAAAAUAUGUACAAGGUAAUAAUCAGGAAACAUCAGAAAGUAGCAUCUACAUGGUAUCCAUGGUGCCUUUAAAAAAUGGAGAACCACAAAAGAUCUGCAGGAAAUUAAGGAAUCCGAAAAAAAAGAAUUCAACAGGAAUUUAG